UACUAUUAGUCACGCGUGUAUCCGGCACGGGCUGGUCGCGCAACUCGCGCUGCUGUUCUAUACGAACUCUAUCUCGAAAAAUAAAAUCGACAAAACAAACAGCAUAAUUACGACUCUAUGUCUUAUCAUAAUUUCAAUAUUUGCGGUAAAAAUAUAUUUAUUUACUAAAGGUUAAUAACUUUGUGAUAAGUGUCGUCUUAAUAGUUGGAUUCGCAAACGGUACAAGAUUUGUUUUUUUAAUUUACUGAAGGAAAAGAUUUAGUUAAAGGUGACGAGUUGCCCUUCUAUGUAAUGUGACUAAUUGAUUUUAUAGGAAAACAAAAUAAUCAAUAAUAAUUCUUGAGAAUUUAAGAAGUUAUGUGGGUCGUUGUUGUCAAAAGGUGACUGGUGUUCGUAAAUAUUGAUGUAAUAAACUACAUUAUCACUGAGAGUUAAGACUCUCGGACCAGAGAAUUAAAUAAGGCAAAGGUAUUGAUCUGAAAUCAAAACAAACCAGUAAAAUGGAUACACAAACGUGUUUACUAUUUUGUUUGUGGGCGAGCCUGUUUGUAACGUGCUUGGGACAACGCGCCGAGCAGUUGCUUGCCCAAAACCCUUGCUCCAGCAAGACGACAUGCAGCGACUGUGCACGGACGCCGUCCUGUGCUUGGUGUUUCGCUCCCGAGUUCAAUGGACCCCGCUGCUUCAAUCCCGCCAUGGAGGGUGGCACCGGGGGCUGCGAUGAAGCGUACAUAUUCAAUCCAGAUAAUCAACAGUCUAUAGAUCCGAUCUACAACCGCGAACUAACAAGAGCGAAAGGUCGAAUGGGAGUAGGUAUGGAGUCUUCAUAUUACGAGGAAUCAAUGAGUAGUAGCAGUAGUAGCAGCAGCAGUGGUGGCAGUAAGGGUGGCGGGUACAUGGCAGCCGGUGCCGGCGGCGAGAACUUGGUUCAAAUUAAGCCACAAAGAGUUAAGCUACAACUGCGGAUGAAUCAGAUGCAAAAGAUGACGUUCUCGUACGCACAAGCGCAAGACUACCCGGUGGAUCUCUACUACCUCAUGGACUUGAGUAGAUCAAUGAAGAACGACAAAGAGAAGCUCAGUAUGCUCGGUAGUUUACUUUCGAGUACCAUGAGAAACAUCACUUCGAAUUUCCGCAUCGGUUUUGGAUCGUUCGUUGACAAACUCGUCAUGCCAUAUGUUUCGACGGUACCUAAAAAUCUAAUAUCACCUUGCGACGGCUGCGCGGCGCCCUACGGGUACAAGAAUCAAAUGUCUCUCAGCAACGACACGGACUUUUUCGAUAAAGCAGUGGCCCGCGCCGACGUGUCGGGUAACCUGGACGCGCCCGAGGGAGGCUUCGACGCCAUCAUGCAAGCCGUUGUGUGCAAGGGUGAGAUCGGCUGGAGGGAACACGCCAGGAAGCUUCUCGUGUUCUCCACUGACGCGGGAUUCCAUUACGCCGGUGACGGAAAGUUGGGAGGUAUCGUGCAACCAAAUGACGGAGAAUGCCACAUGGAAAACAACUCAUAUACCCACUCCACGACGCAAGACUAUCCUAGUAUAUCACAAAUUAAUCUCAAGGUAAAACAACACGCGAUAAACGUGAUAUUCGCGGUGACGUCGGAGCAGAUCAGUGUGUACGAGCAGCUCAGCAAGCACAUCGAGGGCUCCAGCUCCGGCAUCCUCAGUGAGGACUCUGACAACGUCGUGGACCUCGUGCGCGAGCAGUACAACAAAAUUACCUCAACUGUUGAAAUGAAAGACACUUCCAGUGAUGCAGUGCAGAUAUUGUACUACUCUUCGUGCCUGGGAAGUAAGGACAAUAUGGUGCAGACCAGCAAAUGCGACGGACUCAAAGUUGGUGAUGUUGUUGAAUUCUCAGCUGAAAUCACACUCAAAGAAUGUCCCAAGGACCCGAGCAAGUGGAAGCAGAGUUUCAGUAUCUAUCCAGUUGGUGUGUCGGAGAGUCUUAAUGUGGAAUUGGAAAUGCUCUGCGACUGUCCUUGCGAACAUCCCGGACACCAUGCGUACAACGACAGCCCGCUGGUGUGCAGCGGCGAGGGCACGUCGGCGUGCGGCGUGUGCGUGUGCAAGGCGGGCCGCUUCGGCAAGAGCUGCGAGUGCUCCGCGCACGGCGGCGUGUCGCUGGAGCAGGAGCGCGGCUGCCGGCCCACCAACGCCUCCAGCGGCCCGCUCUGCUCCAACCGCGGCACCUGCAUCUGCGGCGUCUGCGAGUGCAACAAGAUGGACGACCCGCUCAAGGUGAUCUCCGGUCCGUUCUGCGAGUGCGACAACUUCACGUGCGACAUGAACAAGGGGCUGCUGUGCUCGGGGCCGGAGCACGGCGAGUGUGUGUGCGGCAAGUGCAGCUGUCGGCCGGAGUACAGCGGGCCCGCCUGCCAGUGCCUCAAGGACCAGACGCCUUGCAUAUCGCGAGAAAACGGAAAAAUAUGCAGUGGAAAUGGGAAAUGUGUGUGCGGUCAGUGCGUGUGUAACGUAGACGACGACCGACACUACUCCGGAAAAUACUGCGAUAAAUGCCCGACGUGUCCCGGCAAGUGCGAGGACUUCAAGGAGUGCGUGCUGUGCGAGGUGCACAAGCGCGGGCCCGCCUACAACCCCGACGAGCCGGCGCGCGACUGCGGGGACUGCAACCUCUUCCCGGAGGUCGUCGAGGGGAAAAUCGAAGCAAACGAAACAUUGAACGAACAUUUGUGCAGUUUUUACGACGACGAAGACUGCCUUUAUGUAUACGUGUAUUCCUACAACGAAACCCAACAUCUUCACAUCCGAGCGCAAAAGGAACACGAAUGUCCGAGAAAGGUAUUUAUUCUCGGUAUAGUGCUUGGUGUGAUCGCCGCCAUUGUAUUAGUAGGUUUGGCUCUGCUGAUGCUGUGGAAGAUGGUGACAACUAUACACGACCGUCGCGAGUUUGCACGCUUUGAAAAGGAGCGCAUGAUGGCCAAGUGGGACACGGGCGAGAAUCCUAUUUACAAGCAAGCUACAUCCACAUUCAAAAAUCCAACUUACGCCGGUAAAUAAUAAUCUGAAUAAAGAGAUCUGUAUAGUUGCUUACAUGUGUUUAUCAAACUGUCAUCGUGUUAGAGAAAAAUCAUAAAAUAAUGCAUUGGACUAUAAUCUAAAAUUCAGUAUUCGCUAUAGUAUAUUAGACAUUUUUAGAUGAUGUUUUUGACGUAUACGUUAUAGAAGCUUAUGUAGAAGAUAUGAAGCCUUAGUACGUGCCUUUGAAAUGAAAUAUUUUUUUAAAUCGCUAAGCUAUAUGGAAUAUACCGUAUCUCUUAUACGUUUUCAACAUCGUUUGUAUAAUAUAUUGUAAAAUGCAUUUUUAAAAAAAGAAAUAAGAUCUGUUUAAAUAUCUCAGAUUUUUUUGUAUCUAUUUAGAGUACGCUUUUUGUACUUAUAUCCAAUUUCAUUGAGGAAAUCCUCUAUUGUAAACAAUGUUUUUGUAACUUUAUUUAUUUUUAUUUUUGUAUAACCCUUUUUAUAUUGUGUAUUUUUAAUUAAUAACACUGGAUUAUAAAAAUAGUAAUUGUCAAUUAAUUAUUUAUAAUCUAUAUUAAAAGUUUUACUAUUUAAAACUUUAUCGUAAAUAUUGUUUACAAAAGAAAAUCCUAUUGGAAUAUGGUUUACGUGUGUGUGUGUUUGACGUAUGUACUUAUGUGUGUAGAUUGUUUAAAUCGAAUGAAAUAUGGUUUCUUUAAUAAACCAUGUCGCCUUUGAUAAAUAUUAGUUUGUUAUUAGUGUCAGAUUUUAGAUUGGAGAUAAUUAUAGUAUUUUAUUAUAAGUUAUGAACAAAUUUCAAAACAGUUUUUAUGUAAACUCGACUAUAAUGCGACUAAGAUUUAUAUUUAAUGUAAAAUGAGUUUUACUUUAGAUACAUUAUGAUUGUGAAAAAUUGUGUUUUAAGAUUUAAUAAUUAAUAUUAAAAAUGUACUGCCGCUUCUUCUGGUCUUGUGCCUUAUAAUAUAAAUUAGUGCCAUUACUAAUCGUAUGAUGUUAAGAAAGUGUUAUUUAUUUCGACAUUAAUAUCGAGUAAUAUAAAACAUAGAUUUAUUUAAAGCGUAAGGUAAUAUAAGUUUUAUUUUGUUUUAAUGAAGUAAUCAAAGCACACAACUAUUAUUAUAUUAUAUUAACGCAUUAAGAUGGACAGUAUGGAUUUGGAUAUUAUUUUAUUUUGUAAUAAUCAUGUGAUAUAUCAUAUAUAAUGAUUGUAAAUGUAUAUAUCUUUAGUUUCACUAUUAAAGCAGAUGUGGACUUUUAUAAAUACCUAAUAAAAUUAACUUCUAAAAUCAAA